CAUCGCUACGCCGAUCGGCACUCACAGUGCAAACAGUUUCGUGCCGUACUCGCUAAAACCUGCAAGCGGGAAAGUCGUUAAUCGUCAAUCUGCAUAUUGGACUGUAAUUAAUCUCGGGAAAAAAAGUCGAAUUUACAAACGUAUCUCAGGACGUAGAAUCGAUUGUUCUUUAAGAAUAUCGAUCGCCGAUUAUGGUGCUCUGAUGAUUUUGUGUGCUCCAGUAGUGUUACAAGUAGUGUCUACGCGCUUCUAAUCACAUUUUUUAAUGAAUGUGUAAUGUUAUCCAUCGGAGAACACUUUGUUGAACGGACGUAAAAAAAUAUAAUUGUUAGUUUUUUGUGCGAUAAUUUUAUUAGAGAAGAUAGUCUCAUUAGAAGUUUGAUUAAAAAUGGCUAGUGAAUUCAAUCGAAGGAAACACAAAAACAUUACGCUGAAAUGAGUAGACAACAUAUCAGUUCGUUACAUAAUUCUAACUAUUUUUAAUUGCGUUAAGAAAAUAUGUAAAUUGUGUCGUUUCGCGAAACAGUAGAUAUAUUUUAACUGUGGAUCUAACGUCAUCAUUGUGGACAUAUGUAAAUGGCAUUCUACCUGCAUUUCGCGAUUCUUGGAAAAUUACCGUCAUCAAAACGCAUGCAGACGUUGCUGCAAGAGUGUCAGCCGGAUGUUGGCUUUGUAAAAGGGAGGCAUUGCAUGCACGUAGCGAAACCUUUGCUACAACAUACAGCUGCUCGUUUGCUACAACAUACAACUGCUCGUUUGUGACAGACGAAAGAGACAUGCUUUUAUAACGCAUUUUGAAACGUUCUCUUUACGAAAUAUAAUCUAUACAUAAAUUAACUUUCUCGUUAAACUUUGCUGAUAUUUGAUAUGGAAAAUUAUGUAAACUAUGAUUUGGAUCAUUGGAAAAAUAUCUGAUUAACAAUGCAAUUUAUGAUCAUUUAUCUCUUUUGUGAUAUCAUAAUCUAUUUAUAAUAUAUAAUUAUAUAUUCCUUAAAUAUGCUAUACAGUAAAAAAUAACUAACUUCUUUAGUCAUAACAGUGAAAAAAUUACGCAACAGGUAAAAAUCGCACAGUUCAUCCGAUGUCAAUGUGUUAGCACAAUUGGCGUCUAAUCAAAAUAUUUCCGAAGGCAUUUAAAUUUUUUAAACUUCUAACUAAAUAAUAUUAAUAUAAAAAAAUUCUUUUUACGGUGAUUUUCUGAUUGCUUAUGUUGAGAUAAAUCGAGUUUGAGUUUUAUUACUGCGAAUAGUCAAGUCGAAUAAUCAAGCCAAUCAUAGACCGUUACGUCAUCGGAGUUUGCAUCAAUGUCAUAAAUAUUAUUUAUAUCCUUGAUCUUUGAUCUUGAGCAAAAAUGUCGUGCUCAAUCUAGGCUUCAGGCAAGAAUUUAUUUGUUGAUCAAAUUUGGUAUGAGACGGAACAAUAAUUCGCCUCAUCACGCAUGCAUACGUGCGAGCGAUACACACACAGCCGUUUAAGCGCAUCGGAUACUCGCGUGGAUGUCGGUAGAACGAGGUUAUCAGCAAAAUUGAAGACAGACAGCCGACUGAUAGCUGUGCGAGCGACGGCACAUACGCGGCUGAACGCGAAAGUGUCGAUUUCGUUCUACUGCGACGAACGUUGAUCGAGGCAAACGUCGAUCGAGACACGCGCCGAUUCGGUAAUUCGGUAGAUUAUAUAAAUCACGAUCACCCGUCCGUGUGUUAUCAUGUCGCAGGAGAGUAAUAAGAACAACAACGGAGUCGGAUCGUCGACGAUUUCGGUGAAAGAUCGCCAGGAAGAUCCGAAGGAUUGGAAGAUUCAAGGAAAGCGAAAGGUCGAUGUCAAGACAGAGAAAAAUCUAGAACUUUGUAAAGGUGCCGAUAAUAUGCCGGAGCUCAAGGACGAGCCCCAGUUGCUGGAGGAUGAACAGAUCAGUCUGGACCUAAACGAACCGCCUCCGGAAGUCAUGGAAUAUGCCAGAAGGGAGGUCGGCGAAACCGAGGAGGUCAAGUGUCAGGUGCUGCAGGAAUUCCGCGACUUAAUAUACGAGAGAGGCGAGUGUUUGCCGCACAGAAUGGACGACGAUUUUCUCAUCAGAUUUCUUCGCGCUAGAAACUAUAAUCUGAAGAGUGCAUACAAACUGAUAGUGAAUUACUACAACUUCAAAGAGGAAUAUCCGGAGAUCCACCAACAGUUGAAUGCGGCGCAAAUGAAAGUCAUAGGCGAUGACAAUGUGAUAGGGGUGCCACCCUAUAGAUCUCCAUGCGGCAGGCGCAUGUUGAUCUAUCGCAUAGGCAAUUGGGACCCGCGUAAAUAUCCCGUGUGGGAGCUCUUCAAAGCCACGGUCGGUGUGCUCGAGCUGGCCAUACUCGAGCCGACAGCGCAAAUCCUGGGCGGUAACGUUAUCUUCGAUCUCAAGAACCUUACGAUGGCACACGUGUGGGUCGUGACACCGCAAAUAGCGAGCAUGAUGGUGUCUUUAAUGGUCACUGCAUUUCCCAUCAAGACAUACGCCAUACACAUCCUCAAUCAGUCGUGGGUGUUCGACGCGAUCUUCGCAGUCUUCAAGCCGCUGCUCGACGCCAAAAUGCGAAACAGAAUCUUUUUCCACGGUACCAAUUACGAGAGCCUUCACAAGCACCUCCCGCCUGAGUAUCUGCCGAAGGACUACGGCGGCAUAAGGAACGACCAGCCUUAUUACAAAUGGAUCGAAUCCGUGUGUCAGAAUCCGAAGAUCGUCGAGCAGAUGAAAAAAAUGGGAUUCACCAUCACGGACGAUAUGAUCGAGUCUUUCAAUUUGAAGUAAAAAUCGCUUUUAGAUUUGCAUAAUUUUGCGUACGCCACGAUUGAUUAGCACGUCUUUAUUUUAUUACUUGCCUCUUUUGCCUUGCAUUGCAUUCUACGAUUUAAACAUGUAGAAGUUUCAAGCGCAUGCUUCGCAUAAUUCAUUGAUUAAUUUUAUAUAUCUAAAAAUACAACGAAUAUAUAUAUAUAUA